AUGAUGAAACGAAAGAAAAAUGAAAAACUCACUACUGAAGCAUCAUCACAAACAACAACAACAACUCGACUCGUACGACAAUUCAUUUUGUCCAAAUAUUCCAUUCCUCUCAAUGAAUUUCAUUCUCUACCCGAUGUAUCGAAAGGAGAUGAACAAGUUCAUGAAAUGGAGAGUUGUAUUGGAUUGAAAUUUUCAUGGCUUUGGUUCAUUCUCUUUUGGUUGGGUGUUGUGUUGAGUUUAGGUUCAUUAUUGUUUCUUUGUUUUUGGUUCGAUUGGUUCAAGGAUCGAAUUCAACACAAUCGAAUUUAUAAAAAGAUGAAUCAUUCUAAUAAUACUACUACUACUAAUACUGAUAUUGUUAAUGAUGAUACUCCUACAAAUAGUAAUGAUGAUAAUGAUAAUAAUUCUAAUACUACUAAUAAUAAUCCCACUAACAAUCCUACGAAUAGUGAUCAUUUUGAAACACCAUUAUUUCAAAAUACUUCGUUUCGUCAAGCAGAUGCUGUUCUUAUCAAGGCAAAAGAGACACAUCAAAUUACGAUUUGCAAAAUUGAACAAGUGAAUGUGAGAGUGGAUAUUCAAACAUUACAUGAUUCAUUGAAACAACAAUUACAUCAUACAUCAAAUGAAAGUACCCAUACUAUAGAUUCAAAUCCAAAUACCCAUACUAUAGAUUCAAAUCCAAGUACCAUUCAAGUAUCCAUUCGUUUAUUCAAAUAUAGAAAUUUAAAUUAUAUUUACAAUGAUGAAACCGAUCAAUUUCAAAGAGUUCAUCACAAUACUCUCUUACCAUUUGCAGAUUUACAUGAUCAUUUAACAAACUCUACAACCGAAUGGCAUGCAAGGAAUGAUUCUUCUCUCACUACUGAAUGCAAACAAGAUCAUUCCCAAAACAGACAUUUAAAGAAAUCUCUAUUUGGAGUGAAUACUAUUGAAACCAAAGUUAGAAAUGUCAUUUCUCUACUUUUAGAUGAAGUCUUACAUCCAUUCUAUUUAUUUCAAGUAGCAAGUGUUUGUGUAUGGUUGAGUGAAAAUUAUUACAUUUAUGCAGUUGCUAUUGCAGUCAUUUCUUCAAUAAGUUCUCUAUUGAGUAUGUGGGAAACUAGAAGUAAUAUGAUUAAAUUACGAGAAAUGACAAGUUUUCAUUGUGGAGUGAAUCGAUUAAAUACAUGUAGUGUCAAUAUGAGAAUGACUCAAAGUAAUAGUAGCAGUCAAAGUAAUAGUCAGAGUAAUAAUAGUAGUCAAAGUAAUAAUCAUAGUAAUAAUCAUAGUAAUAAUCAUAGUAAUAAUCAUAGUAAUAAUAGUCAAAGUAAUAGUAGUAGUCAAAGUAAUAAUAGUCAAAGUAAUAAUAGUCAAAAUGAUCAACAGACUUUCAACAAGAAUGUCAUUCAUAAUCCGAAUAAUAGUCAUAAUAAUCAUUUUAAUACUUUUUGGACUCGAUAUCAUUCUAAAAAAAAAGUACUAGUGAAACAUCGUAUAGAUUCGACACUCUUAUUACCAGGUGAUUUCAUUGAAAUUGAAAAUGAAAUGAUUUUACCAUGUGAUUGUGUACUUGUUCAUGGAAGUGUCAUUAUGAAUGAAAGUAUGCUCACUGGUGAAUCUACACCUACAAAGAAAGUAUCAAUUCCAAAAUCAAAUUCACAAAAAGAAGUUUACAAUUCAAAGCGUGAUAAGAGUCAUACUCUCUUUUCAGGUACUCAAGUCAUCAUGACAAAACCAAGUACAUUGAAUGUUGUUGAUGAAAUUACUCACCACAGUGGAGAAACAAGUCAUAAUAAGGAAAUAGUUAUUGCAAUGGUUACUCAAACUGGAUUUCAAACUGCAAAAGGAAAAUUAGUUUUAUCUAUUUUGCAUCCAAAACCAAAUCAAUUUUCAUUUUACAGUGAUUCUAUGAAAUUUUUGUUAUUCAUGUUUUUAUUUGGAUUGGCUGGAAUUAGUUAUAGUUUAUAUAAUCAGGCUAUUAAGAAUGCACCUAUUCAAGAAAUGAUUACAGGAUGUUUUGAUCUCAUUACUACCAUUGUACCACCUGCAUUACCCAUUGCCAUGACCACAACUGUAUCAUUGGCCAUUUCAAGAUUAAAGAAAAAGGGAAUCUUUUGUAUUAGUCCUCCAAGAAUUAAUGUGAGUGGUCGAGUGAAUUUAGCAUGUUUUGAUAAGACCAAUACAUUGACAAGAGAUGGAUUAGAUUUACAUGGAGUGGUAGAAGUGAAAAUGACGAAACAUCAAAAUAUGAUGAUGAUGAAUGGAUGUAUUAGUAGUACUACUCCAACUAGUCCAACUAGUACCACUACUCCAAUCAGUAAUGAUGAUCAUAUUAAUCCAAUCAUUAAUGAUCAUUCUACUCCCAAAAUGAAUCAUUCUACUCACAAUAUGAGUUAUAACCACACUUCACAAUUUUCAUCUCUUAUCAAAGAUAAGGAUUUAUUAACCAAUCUUUCUUCUUCGUCAUUACUCGUACAAUGUAUGGCCACAUGUCAUAAUUUAUCCAAUGUAUUUGGCAAGUUAGUAGGUGAUCCAUUAGAUGUGAAAUUAUUUGAAGCCACUCGAUGGAAAUUAUUAGAACCUAUUGGAGGAGGAGGAGGAGGUCAUAAUGCUACUACUAUUAAUACUACUACCAGUACUACCACUACUAUUAAUACUACCAGUACUACUACUACUAUUAAUACUACUACUACCACUACUACUGAUACAUUACAUUCAACAAGUCCGAGUUCAUUGAACCAGAAUUCUCACCACACCAUCAUUUCAUCUCAAAAUGAUUCUAUUCAAUAUUCAAUUCUCAAAGUAUUUGAUUUCAAAUCAAGUCUUCAACGAAUGUCUGUCAUUGCACAAAACAAACAAACUGGAGAUUUACAUUUCUUUGUGAAAGGUUCAGCAGAAAUGUUAAAAACACUCUCUCAUUCUGAUACCAUUCCUAAUGACUUUUCACAAGUCUUGUAUAAAUAUUCACAUAAGGGUUAUCGAGUAUUGGGAUGUGCCACUCGAAAAGUCUGUAUUCGAGAUUUGUUAUUCAUUUUAAAUGAUAGUAGUUUGGAUUCUACAAGGUCUAACAAUGAUGACACAAGACAAGAUUCUUCAAGUCAUCAUGAUCUUUAUCAAAAACGAAGAAAUGAAAUUGAUCUCUUAAUUUCUCAAUAUGCUGAUAAGUUAUUAAGAGAAGAAGUAGAAUCUAAUCUUUGUUUUCUUGGAUUAAUUUGUAUGGAAAACAAAUUAAAACCAGAAACACCAUCAGUCAUACGAACUCUUAAUGAAUGUAAUGUGAGAUCAGUAGUGAUUACAGGAGAUAAUCCAUUUACAACGAUAUGUGUGGCACGUAAAUGUGGAAUUUUACAAAAAGGAAAGACAAUUUAUUUAUCUGAAUUUAAAGAAGAAGAAACAAUGAGUGGUAGUAAUGACAAUGGUCAUACCAGUGGUCAUACCAGUAAUCGUAGUAGUAAUCAUCAUAGUAAUCAUCAUAGUAAUCAUCAUAGUAAUCAUCAUAGUAAUCAUCAUAGUAUAUAUAACACUGUUGGUCAUCUUACAACAAGUCAUACUCUUCAAUCCAUCAAUGAUGACCAUCCCUCACCACACCCUCCUCUCACAACUAUUUUAGGAAAUCCAUUGAAACAUUAUCUUCCACUCUAUGAUCGAAUUGUUUGGAGAAAUGUCGAUGAUCACAAUGCACCAGUAUUAACAAGUCGUGAAAUAAUGACCAUGAGUUUUAAAGAUGAAAAUUAUGAAUUAGCUGUUAUUGGUGAAGUCUUUGAUCGUAUUGUAUUGGCACAUAAGGAAUAUAUUGAACAACAAGUUCGUACGAGUAUUGAUCAUUCCUCCUAUCAUCCAAGAGCUCUGAAUAGUACCAACAUACAUCCAAUCAACAAUCAUAUCUAUGUAGAUACAGAGAAUCCAUCUCUACUUCAUAGAAUAUUAGCAUCGUGUCAAAUCUAUGCAAGAGUUUCACCUUCUGGUAAAAUGAAAGUGAUUGAAGAAAUGACAAAAAUGGAUUACAUGUGUAUCAUGUGUGGAGAUGGAUCUAAUGAUGUGGAAGCACUCAAAUCUGCUCAUGUGGGUGUGAGUUUAUCAGAAGCUGAAGCAUCCAUUGCAGCUCCAUUUACAAGUAUUCAAAACUCGAUUCGAUCUGUGGUUGAAGUGAUGAAAGAAGGAAGAGCAUCACUUUCUACAAGUUUUCAAGUCUUUAAAUUUAUGGCACUCUAUUCUUUAUUUGAAUUCUUUGCUGCUGUACUCAUUUACCGUCAAAAUGCCACUAUUGGUGAUUUUCAAUAUCUCUAUAUUGAUCUAUUUAUAAUUCUACCCAUUGUUUUAUUACAACCCAAUACAAGAGCUUCAACAAGAUUGAAAAAAGAAAAACCACCUGAAUCUCUCUUUUCUCGAUUCAUUCUCGUGAGUUUAUUGGGUCAAAUAUUUUGGGGUUUUUCAUUCAUGUUAGGAGUAUUCUUUGAAAUUUUGUUUAACUCAAAAUGGUAUCGACCAGAUCCAAUACGAAAAGAUCCAAAAGAUAAUAUUGUGAGUUAUGAAACAACAAUAACUUAUUUGGCAUGUUGUUUUUCUGUUAUUAAUGCUGCAAUUACACAAAGUAUUAGCAAACCAUUUAAGAGAAAUCUUUUCACUGAUAAUUUUAUUUAUGUGUUCCUUCUCGUUGUGUUGUAUUUAUUUACAAGUUAUAUUUUAUUUGAACCAUGCUCUUUUUUAAAGAAGGAAUUUCAAUUUAUUGGAUUUCCAAUAGAUUUUAAAUUGAGAAUAUUGGGUUAUGGAUUGGCACAUUUAUUCAUUACCUAUCUAUGGGAAAUGAUACUCAUUUGGAAAUAUCCAUUUAAAAAGUUAUUGAAAUCUCUUACUUUUUAUAAUUUGUUGAGAUUGAUACAUGUUGUUGUGUUUUGUGGAUCUCAAUCAUCGAUGAUGGCAUUGGGAAAUCAUUGGCUCUCUCGUAUUCUAGUUUCAUUAAUGAGAAGAGAAAAAAGAAAAUGGAAAGCUUAUAAACAAUUGAGAGAAAAUCUUGGAAUUCCAAAAGUGAGAGAACGAUUGAUGGAAAUGAAAGCAAUUGAGGAGCCAAAACCAAUUUAUGGUGUCCAUAAGAAAGCGUUGAUCUAUCGCUCAGAAACACAUGGCUCUUCUACCAAAGAAGAACAAAUGUCCUUGUUGGCGUAA